AUGGCCCCUGUCCAUAGUGAUGAUGAGGUCCAGGACCAUAAUGCUGAUGACGUCCAAGCUGAUAAUGGUGAUGAGGUCCAGGGAGGAGGCGGCGGCGAUGAUGAGGGCCAGGUCUCCAGCUUGCCUAAUGAUAAUGAGGUCCAGGGAUUAAUGGUCCCUAAUGAUGAUGAGGUCCAGGACCAUAAUGCUGAUGAGGUCCACGGAGGAGGCGGCGACGAUGAUGAUGGGCCAGGUCUCCAGCUUGUCCGUAAUGAUGAUGAGGUCGGGGACCUUAAUGAUGUCCGUGAUGCUGGCAUCGAUGUCACUGGCCAGGUGCAACAAACAAAGGGAGGAGGCAGCGACGAUGAUAAGGGCCAGGUCUCCAGCUUGCCUAAUGAUAAUGAGGUCCGUAAUGAUAAUGAGGUCGGGGACCUUAAUGAUGUCCGUGAUGCUGGAAUCGAUGUCAUUGGCCAGGUGCUUUAUCCCUUUUCUUUGUUGAACUCCAACUUGGUCCGUAUUGAUGAUGAGGUCCAGGACCAUAAUGCUGAUGAGGUCCAGUGUUAUAAUGGUGAUGAGGACCAGAGAGGAGGUGACGACGAUGAUGAGGGCCAGGUCUCCAGCUUGCCUAAUGAAAAUGAGGUCCGUAAUGAUGAUGAGGUCGGGGACUUUAAUGAUGUCCGUGAUGCUGGCAUCGAUGUCACUGGCCAAGUUCGUAAUGAUGAUGAGGUCGGGGACCUUAAUAAUGUCCGUGAUGCUGACAUCGAUGUCAUUGGCCAGGUGCUUUAUCCCUUUUCUUUGCUGAACUUCAACUUGGUCCGUAUUGAUGAUGAGGUCCAGGACCAUAAUGCUGAUGAGAUCCGUAAUGAUGAUGAGGUCGGGGACCUUAAUGAUGUCCAUGAUGCUAGCAUCGAUAUCACUGGCCAGGUGCAACAAACAAAGGUCCGUAAUGAUGAUGAGGUUGGGGACCUUAAUGAUGUCCGUGAUGCUGGCAUCGAUGUCAUUGGCCAAUUCCAUAAUGAUGAUGAGGUCGGGGACCUUAAUGAUGUCCAUGAUGCUGGGAUCGAUGUCACUGGCCAGGUCCGUAAUGAUAAUGAGGUCGGGGACCUUAAUGAUGUCCGUGAUGCUGGAAUCGAUGUCAUUGGCCAGGUGCUUUAUCCCUUUUCUUUGCUGAACUCCAACUUGGUCCGUAUUGAUGAUGAGGUCCAGUGUUAUAAUGGUGAUGAGGACCAGGGAGGAGGCGGCGACGAUGAUGAGGGCCAGUUUCAUUUGUUGAACUCUUCCAACGAGGUCCGUAAUGAUGAUGAGGUCGUGGACCUUAAUAAUGUCCGUGAUGCUGACAUCGAUGUUAUUGGCCAGGUGCAACAAACAAAGGUCCGUAAUGAUGAUGAGGUCGGGGACCUUAAUGAUGUCCGUGAUGCUGGCAUCGAUGUCAUUGGCCAGGUGCUUUAUCCCUUUUCUUGGCUGAACUCCAACUUGGUCUGUAUUGAUGAUGAGGUCCAGGACCAUAAUGCUGAUGAGGUCCGUAAUGAUAAUGAGGUCGGGGACCUUAAUGAUGUCCGUGAUGCUGGCAUCGAUGUCAUUGGCCAAGUGCUUUAUCCAUUUUCUUUGCUGAACUCCAACUUGGUCCGUAUUGAUGAUGAGGUCCAGGACCAUAAUGCUGAUGAGGUCCAGUGUUAUAAUGGUGAUGAGGACCAGGGAGGAGGCGGCGACGAUGAUGAGGGCCAGGUCUCCAGCUUGCCUAAUGAUAAUGAGGUCUGUAAUGAUGAUGAGGUCGGGGACCUUAAUGAGGUCUGUGAUGCUGGCAUCGAUGUCACUGGCCAGGUGCAACAAACAAAGGUAAAAUACUAA